AUGGAUGGCGCGGAGCUGGCCGGGCAGAUCCUUUACACCUGGCUGACUCUGGUGCUCGGCCUCAUACUCCUGCCUUCGGCCUUUGGGGUGUCUUUGGGCAUCUCUGAGAUCUACAUGAAGAUCCUGGUGAAAACUUUAGAGUGGGCCACAUUACGAAUUGAAACAGGAGUUGCAAAGCAAUCAAUCCUUAAAAACUCAGCUUCUGUCGGUAUUAUCCAAAGAGAUGAGUCACCCAUGGAAAAAGGGCUGUCUGGUCUGCGAGGAAGGGACUUUGAGCUGUCUGACGUGUUUUAUUUCUCCAAGAAGGGGUUGGAAGCCAUUGUGGAAGACGAAGUGACCCAGAGGUUCUCCUCAGAGGAGCUAGUGUCAUGGAAUCUCCUCACAAGGACCAAUGUAAAUUUCCAGUACAUCAGUCCUCGGCUCACCAUGGUGUGGGUGCUGGGCGUCAUUGUGCGCUACUGUUUUCUGCUGCCUCUGAGGCUUACCUUGGCUUUCAUUGGGAUCAGUUUGUUUGUUAUAGGAACCACCCUGGUUGGACAGCUGCCGAGAAGCAGCCUCAAAAACCUGCUGAGUGAAGUGGUCCACCUGACUUGCUGCCGCAUCUGUGUCCGUGCCCUCUCCGGAACCAUUCACUAUCAUAACAGGCAGUACAGGCCCCAGAAGGGAGGCAUUUGUGUUGCCAACCAUACAUCCCCAAUCGAUGUUUUGAUCUUGACCACGGAUGGGUGCUAUACUAUGGUUGGCCAGGUUCAUGGUGGAUUGAUGGGAAUUAUUCAGAGAGCCAUGGUCAAGGCUUGUCCACAUGUCUGGUUUGAACGCUCAGAAAUGAAGGAUCGUCACCUGGUUAUAAAGAGACUAAAAGAACAUAUUGCUCAUAAGAAAGAAUUACCCAUAUUAAUCUUUCCUGAAGGAACUUGUAUCAACAAUACUUCAGUCAUGAUGUUUAAAAAAGGAAGCUUUGAAAUUGGAGGAACCAUCCAUCCAGUUGCCAUUAAGUAUAAUCCUCAGUUUGGUGAUGCGUUUUGGAACAGUAGUAAAUACAACAUGGUGAGCUACCUGCUUCGAGUGAUGACCAGCUGGGCCAUCGUCUGUGACGUGUGGUACAUGCCCCCCAUGACCAGAGAGGAAGGAGAAGAUGCAGUCCAGUUUGCUAACAGGGUUAAGUCUGCUAUUGCUGUGCAAGGAGGGUUGACUGAGCUUCCUUGGGAUGGAGGGCUGAAGAGAGCCAAGGUGAAGGACACCUUUAAGGAAGAGCAGCAGAAGAAUUACAGCAAAAUGAUUGUGGGCAAUGGAUCUCUCAAGUCGGAAUUGGACUGA